AUGUCUCUCUCUCAAGCUACUUGGAUACGGUAUCAGUAUUCACCAACUGUAGUAUCUAUGGAAAGAGACAUGUUCGCCUGGAACACUUCUUUUCCGUGCAUAACUAUAUGUCCCGACAAGAAGUUGGAUAGAGCGAAAUUAAUUGAUUAUCUCAAGAAUUCAGAAGAACCAGACAAAGUAAAACUAGAAGAAUUCCUUACGACGCUAGCUAAUGCCACGUUUGAGACCUUUGAGUCGGUACCUGAUUACAACGGAAUACCAGCCAGCAAUUACAUGGACUUAAUUUUAAGUCUUUCACCUGAUUUCAAGCCAAGCGUGAUUAUUGGUGCAACGGGUCUUACUUUCGAUAUAGUACCCACUAUCACUGAAAUGGGUUUAUGCUUCGCUAUGAACUCCAAGAUUGCUGUAUACAAUUCACCGUGGUAA